AUGGGCAUAAAGUUGAGCUUGGGUUUUAUGAAGGAGAAAUCAAGAGAAUUAUGUGUUUUGGGACGAAGGGAGAUCACCGAGCGGAAGGGUGGGAGAGGGAGAAAGGGCGGAGAAAGGAUGGAAGGAAAAGCGCAUGUGGAAGAAGGUUUAGCAGGCAUGGAAGAUAUUGUAGGCAUGAGGGCAAUAUGUGAAAGCGAUGGUCCUAGUCAAACUGAGUGGAAAAGCACGGAACUUGCGGGAAAUAUAGAGGCUUGGGGUGGAUCCGAGGUUGUCGGGAAAGUGAGUGGCAAUCAGGAGGAUACGAAAAGAGAAACGGAAAACGGUGGUAGUAAAAAGAAUGCAGACGUUGAUGAUCUGAACUAG